UGAUAUCAGACCGGUUUAUGAGAUAAUUCAUGAACGAGACACCAGAAACCUCGCUAUCAAUUUUCGACUUCCAGACAGAAAACUUGAAUUUCCGAGCUUCGUAGCCUUACAUCAAGCCCACGGCUUCGCCACUCCUAGAUACCGGUCACAAUGGUUGUUGAUACAAUCAACACGUUGUCAGCAAACGAUGCCCGCAUCUUGAACGCACUUUUCGAUCCAGAAACACUCCCAUCAUCUGUUGCGAAGUCAAAAGACGCAUCUGCCAUAAACACUACAUUACCGCCACACCCUACCAUCUCCUCAUCACAACUAUCCAUUCUCGAAACACAACAAAACGACAUCGUCCGACACACAUCGAGCGACUCCAGUCUUGAGACAAUCGAUUCAGAGAUAGGGAACCUCAACAACAUCAUUGCAUCACAUCCGAUAUACCCAAGCGCCUUCGUCAACCGCGCAAUGUUACGGAGGAUAAGAGUCGAAGCAUCACUACCAAGCGAAGGCAACAUCUUCUCUGCACCGGAAUCAGAUAUCGAAGCACUGUUCACAGACCUAGCACGUGCCAUCCACCUCUCGCUACCCACAUCUUCGCCAACAGCCCCUGUAUCCGCAUACCAGGCGCGCAUGUUACGGACAGCGUACUCGCAUCGCGCCUUCUUGUACUUGAAAGCAAGCGAGACGGGAACAGAACUAAAAGGACUAGGAAAAAGCGAAUUGGAAGAGUUGGCGUCGAAGGACUUUGCGGCUGCUGCACGGUACGGCGACGAGGCUGCGAGGGAGAUGAGUGUGAGGACGAAUCCAUAUGCGAAGAUGUGUGGAGCGAUUGUGAAGAACGCGUUGAGAGAAGAGAGGAAGGGUGAGAUGACGUAGCUUGAAAACUCGCAGCUUAUUGCUGGAUUAGGAAGGCCUAAUUCUUAUCCACACCAGUGAUACGCAUACACAUAAUGACAAAACCAUGUCCUGUCAUUUUCUGUUCACUGUGCGGUCGCGAGCAUCGUGCUCCGCCCGAAAACCUAAAUUACGGGACGGUCAGUGACGCUCUACAAGUCCUGGAUUCAAAAAGGUCAAGACAAGAGUGCCAUGCGCAAGCAGCUGAUUUGAAACAGAAAGAUCAUCCCAGAUCAUGGUGUCCACUGCCAGAGCACCUUUCAAAGUCGACAGCACUAAUCGUUGAUCAUAACGCCAUCAACCGAAAAGUGAUAUAUUUCCUUUCGUCCUGACAUGUUGGAGACUGACUUUCAUUUGGCAGAUAUUUUCGAGAUGGCUCGAGAAGUUCGACAUACCUAGUG